AUGGUCGAAACUUUCUUGAGCCAUGUCAUUGAGAAAUUGAUUCAAUUUCUCACCGAAAAUGCGGCGGAAUCAUUGGAGGGAUCGUUCCAGAGCGAUGUCAAAAGUCUAAAAAAAGAACUCGAGAGGAUUCAGCCUUUGCUAAAAGAUGCAGACACAAAGUACUUGGAGACAGGAGAUGUCAGCAAGGCGACGAAAGCAUGGGUGAGGAGAGUAAGGGAAAAGGCCGAUCACAUCGAAGAUAUCAUCGAUGAAUAUCUUCGACGCGAGGGCCAAGAUCGCGAUGAUGGUGUUUAUGAUCAGCAUGAAAAACCACGCCGCGACAUCACUUCUGAGAUUCGAAGCGUUAAAGAUUCGUUACGAGAGAUCAAACCGUUGAGUGGUAGCGAAACAAGAAAGGUGGCACGACGCGACAUUGUGGGUAUUGGAGCCACAAAGAAGGAGGUUAUAAGAAGGUUGACGGAGGGAGAAUCUAGUCGCUCUGUGAUUUCAUUGGUAGGUCAAGAUGGGAUUGGCAAGACAACUCUAGCUUGGGAAGUCUACGACGACGAUGUGGUGAAAGGGCACUUUGAUUGCCGUGCUUGGAUCACUGUGUCUCAAUCAUGCGACGCGGAGAAGCUUCUAAGGACCAUGACAAGUCAAAUUCUCCUAGGAGGCGAAAGAAUGGCGGAAGAAUCUACUGCGGAUGAGGCGACCAAUCAUCUAAGGCAGUAUCUAGUGGCAAAGAGGUACGUCAUUGUCUUCGAUGAUGUUGGGGAAAAAAAGAUUUGGGAAGUCAUAAAGCAUUCUUUGCCCGAAAAUGAAAAAGGCAGUAGGAUAAUAAUCACAACGCGCAAUGCGGUUUCUUGUAAGGAAAACUCGUGUGAUUAUGUCCUAGAUUUAAAACCUUGGUCGCUGUACAUGGCUUGGGAAUUAUUUUGCAAAAAGGCGUUUGGAAAUAAUUACGAUUGUAAGAGGCAUUGUUCUGAAGGGUUCAAGCAAUUGUGCUGUGAGAUUAUUAGCAAAUGUGAAGGCUUGCCAUGCAUUAUUUCAACCGUUGCUCGUCUCUUAUCCACCAAAGAGAGGGUUUCCGAAUGGAGAGGAGUGCUCGAAAUUCUCGGUUCGGAGAACGACAAAAUGAAUGUUAUUUCAAAAGCUCGCUCUCUGAUGAGUUACUUUGAUCUACCUUACCACCUCAAAACCUGUUUGCUAUACUUCGUCGUCUUUCCUCGAGGCCAUCGAAUUUACGACACUACGCUGUACGGACUGUGGAUUGCUGAUGGUCUUGUUAAAGCAAGAGAAGACAAGACACUGGAGGAAGUUGCUGAAGAGUACUUGAAUGAGCUAAUCCAAAGAAACUUGGUUGCUUUUCAAGUGAUACCUGGAGAAAGUAAGUUAUGCCAAGUCGAUUACUUGUUGCAUGAGAUGAUCUUAUCAAGGGCUGAUGAACUGUUCUUUUGUCAAAUUUGGGAUCAAAAUAGGCCAAGAUUUAUCGGAAAAAGUCCUCGCCUGGCAAUCUUUGGCGAUCCACACAAUGUUCUGGAAACUAUUGAUCAGAACAAUGAGCUUCGCUCUGUCUUUCUUUUUAAUGCCAGUAGUAAGAAGUUGACCAAGUCUUUUAUCGCAAAUCUGUUUGAAAAGUUCAAGCUUCUAAAGGUGUUGAGCAUUGAAAAUGCUCCUCUCUAUAACCUUCCAGAUGAAGUAGAAAGUUUGUUCCACUUGGAUUACUUAAGUUUGAAGUAUACGGCUCUCAAGAAGCUUCCGAAAUCCAUUGGUAAGCUACGCAAUCUACAAUCACUGGACGUGAGAUAUACCCUAGUAGAAGAGCUACCUAUUGAAAUUAACAAGCUUCGAAAGCUUCGACAACUUUUGGCCUACAAUACGGCUUGUGACAGGCUUGGAGGUUUCCGCGGAUUGAAGAUACACGAAGGAUUCGGAUGCUUGGAAAGCUUACAAACACUAACAUUGGUAGAAGCACACCCCGGCAUUGAUGCGGCUAGUUUUGUAAAAGUGUUAGAGAAGUUAAAACAGUUGAGGUGGUUAGAUGUUUGCCAAUUGACCGCGGAAACAGCUAGGGCUCUUUGUGGUUCCAUUGCAAAGAUGAACCGCCUCGAACGGAUAUGCCUAGCUUCGGUCAACAGAGAUGAAAUUCUAGAUAUACAUGAGAUGCCAUGUUCCGAUCACGUUCACUUGUGGGACGUACUUCUGAUCGGCCCGUUGAAAACAAUGCCUGACUGGAUCCCGAGGCUUCGAAGUCUACGCUCGUUGGUUUUGCAACACGCAAGAUUGGUCGAUGAACCGAUCCAAUGUCUCAAGGGCUUGACCAACUUGGAGGGCCUUUUUUUCAUGCACAAUGCAUAUGAUGGAGAGGAGCUUCAUUUUGAGGAAGGUUUCUUUGAGAAACUCAAGAGCCUUACCGUAAGGGGAUUGAAAGGACUGAAGAUGGUGAGGAUAGAUAAAGGAGCAUUGCCUCUUGUUGAAGUGCUUCUUAUUGUUGAGAGCCCUUUGCUGAAGAAGGUGGAGACCAUUGAGCACUUGACAAACACCAAACAACUCUUGGUUGAGAUUCCACAACCAAUAUUUCAGUCUGGAGGAUCUGUCAAUAUUGAAAUAAAAGGUACACCCCACUAUUGCACUUUUGUUUUUAAAUAA